AUGCUGACUCGUGGGAACCAUCCGAAUUACCUUGCUCUAAACGAUGGCUAUGAAGAUGAAGCCCCCUCUGAAGAUUGGCUAUCAAACCUAAUAGAGAAUCCGAUAGCUCAGCAUCCAGAAGAGCUUAGCCUACUGCCUCUACCGCAUACCUCUGAUCUGUCAGUGGUGACUGCAGAUACCGAUUCUUAUCUUGAUUCUCUGGAUGAAGUGUUACCUUCAGAAUCAGCCUCUCAACUACCUCCUCCAGCUACUGGUUCCCAAAUUUCCCGCCCAAAAACACUGAAAAACGACUGGUUAUGGGGUUUUCUUCAUGUUAGAGAGUUCUCUAGCGAAUGGAUCGAAAAGAGAAGCAGAAAGAAGAGGCUCAUCGAUCGCGAAAUCAGUUGUACGGCUAUUGAUAAAGCCACAGGGAAGAAAUGCAACUGGUCUACAACAGAUUCGAAGCGACAGACUUCUACCACUAAUAUUCGGCUCCAUUUGAAGGAGAAACAUGGGAUUUUACCCCCUAAUGGCCCUGAGCAAGUGAUUACUACACCUAAAUCUACUCUUCUGAGCCUAUGGGGUAGUAAGGCAAAUAUCACGAUUCAACAAAGUCUUGAAAAGAACCUUCUUCGCUGGGUUGUGAGCAGUAAGCAGCCUUUCACAGUCAUUGAAUCACCAGACUUUCAGCAACUCUUUAAGGAUAUACCGGGGGUUUCGCUCCCUUUUUCCUCUCGCCAUACCCUUCGACAGCGUCUCCUAGAAGAUUUCGACCAACAACGCGCUAAAUUGAAAGAGGAGCUUGCGGCGACGUGCAAAACAAUUGCUUUAUCUCUUGAUGUCUGGACUAGCAAGAAUCACCUACCAAUCCUUGGUGUUAUUGGUCAUUGGCUCACAGAAGAAUUUGAUUAUCGUGAGAGAGUCCUAGAGUUUACAGAGCUUCAUGGACCACACAGUGGGGAGAAUCUAGCUACGGCUAUUGAAACAUUACUUAUUGAACUCAAUCUUGAGCACAAAUUACUCUCAAUUACUGGUGAUAACGCUAGCAAUAAUGAGCGGAUGGUGCUACAACUCUUUGAAAAGUUACAGCAGUCCGGAGCGAAUACCAUAUUCUGUGGUCUAGGAAGCUAUGUGCGGUGUUUAGCGCACAUUAUCAACCUGAUCGUGAAGGAUAUCCUUUCCGCUCUCAAGUCUGGUAAUACAGAAGAGGCCACUUCUGUCUGUGAUAACCUUGAUAGAGGGGAACAUCACUCAUUCCAUACACUUGAACCACUCGCUAAGCUUCGUAUCCUGGCUAUCUGGAUCUACCGAAGUCCUCAACGCAGACAGGCGUGGAAAAACAAUUGCAAGCGUAUGAACCUUCCCGAAAAGUUCAUUCAAUAUGAUGUUGAUACACGAUGGAAUUCUACCUUCCGCAUGAUAAGUGACGCUCUAAAGUCAAAGGACCAGCUUGAGAAGUUCAUUCAUUACGAGACAGAGUUUCUACCUUUCUCGACAAAAGAUUGGGAACGACUUUCACAAAUCCACUCUAUUCUCUCAAAAUUCGAUGAGUUCACCUUGUUUGUCUCAGAGAAAAGGCCCCAGAUCAGUCUCACAGUGCCGGUCUAUUAUGAACUUCAUGAUUUACUACAUGAUGCUGCGGAGCGUAAGGAGGAUUUUGCAGACAUUGAUGAGGAUAUUGCAAGUGCGGUUAGGCAAAGUAUCAAGAAGUAUAUGAAGUACUAUACUUUUAUGGAUAUCUCUGAUACAUACUAUACUGCUCUGAUUCUGGAUCCUCGUGUGAAAGGAGACCUCCUCCUAUACGAAUUGGAAGAUAAAGCCACUAGCAGGGAGAUUCUUCAAUCUCUCCGUGAUGACCUUUAUUCCAAAUAUCCAGAGACUUCAGACCUACUUAGUAUAGCAGAGCCCUCAGAGCCCAGUCACAAGAAGCAAAAAGUUGGAAGCCGGAUGUUACGAAGGCUACAGCCUCACGAUAAGCCUCAAGUAUCUGAUAUUGAUCGAUAUUUUGACAGUGCUCGGGUUGAUGCUAGUGAUAUGGAAGAUCCAAACUGGUUAUGUGAUUGGUGGAGGGUUCAUAAACAUGACUACCCUCGGAUGGCUGCUGCUGCUAGAGAUUACCUAGCAAUCCCAGCCUCUGAAGUUUCGGUUGAGAGAUUGUUCAAUGCAGGAAGAGAUGUACUUGGAGUACGGAGAUACUCUAUGAAGGCAGAGACGAUGAGGGUUUUAAUGUUGUUGAAUGAUGUUUAUAAGUAA